GGAUAGCAGACAUGCUAAUAUUAAAAGGAAUCUUUUGGGUUGCAAGAUUAAAAUAAUUUAGGUUAAUCAUGUGCCCAAAAUCUAAAGCAUUAAAUGCAAAAGCCAUCAUUGUUUACCCUUGGUUACAGAACCAGCAGUCACAAUGACUACUUGGAUAGAGAUUAGACACCUAAUAUAAAAUUAUAUAUUAAUUUUAUAAUAUCUUAUUAAGGAACACAUCAGAAAUCAAAGAGAUUUCAUCAAUGGACCUUCAACUUUCUCUUUGCCCUCUGGUUUUUGCUCCUGUGUUCAGCAAGUAGUUCUGUUUGUGUCGACUUUUUCCCUUCAGUAGAGUGUCAGCAAGCUAGAGUAUACAGCAAGGUAAGACCUGCUGAUCAGCUGUUUGGAGCUACACGCCAGAGACACACAUCAUUGGUGAUAUAGACCCCCUCAUCAGAUACAGUUAAGCAUGUUUGUAUUCGUUAUUCCUCAGUUACACAUUAAUGGAACCUCAUUAAAUGAUUUGGAUCCUCUUCUUUGUCUAUCUGACCAAGACAGAACACUGAAGUUUGCAGUUAUUGAACUUUUGUUUUUUGCUCAUUUAAGUCUGACUGGAUAUCAAACAUUUACUUCAUGUAAUCAGAAUGACACCUAGAAAGAAGAAAGCGCCUUCCAACCUGCUGAGGCGAAAGAGAGGUGACACUUCUUUCACAAUCGAAUCCUCCAGGAAUCCAACUAACAGCUUUACAGAUAUGAACGUGGAUAACACCAGAGUCAACAAAAGAUUGAGAAGCCUGCCAUUCAUUCUCUCAGGGGAAAUUUCAAAGUCGACAAAGGCUCACAACAGUGAGUUCGUUCCUCCAGAUCCUUAUACAGAAAUGGGUGAUAAUGAGGCAUCUUGCAGUUCAGCUACAAAUGAUCGUCAAUGUCAAAAAGCAAAGAAAGCAUCAGUUGAUGUCCCAACUGCAAGGAAGCCAUUGCACAAUGAUAGGCUGAACGUUGGAAAACCUGACUGUGUCUGUCAGUUCUGUGGUGCUUUUUUUUGGUAUGCUGAGCGAUUGGAUCGACACAGGAAAUCCUUAAAUCCUGUGUAUAGUCUUUGUUGUCAGAAAGGAAGAGUUUGCAUUCCCCUAUUAAAGCCACCACCUCCAUUGCUUGCUCAGCUGUUGGAUCUUAAUGGAGGUGCAAUGUCAAAACAUUUUAGAGACAACAUCAGACCCUACAAUGGUUCUUUGUGUUUCACAUAUUUUGGAGCCAAACUGGAUCCACGCUCUUUGACAACAAGAGGACCAUAUUCGAUGGUUAUUUGUGGUGAGAAUUACCAUAGAAUUGGAUCCUUACUUCCAGUUGAUGGAAAUAGGCCAAAGUUUGCUCAGCUAUAUAUAUUUGAACCUGAAAAUGAGGUUAACAAUAGACUUGCAAACUUCGCAUCUCGAGAGGAAGUCUUGCUGCCUGAGUUACUUGCAAGUUUGCUUCGAAUGCUUGAUGAAAACAACGAGUUGGUCAGAACAUUUAGGCGCAUUCGACAAGAUCUCCAGCUUUCUUCCACACCAAAUCUCCGACUCAGAAUCUUUGGGAUCAAAAGUAGGAUCGACAAUAUGACUUGCCAACUAGCUCUGAUAUUGCAGCCUUAAUACCUGGUGAUUUUGCUGCAGAUAGGGAGGAUAGAGAUAUCAUUUGACCAUCGAGGAGAAGGGCUGAAACGUAUAACAAGCCUCAACCCAAAAUUUGAGGCUCUUUACUUCCCAUUGCUAUUCCCGUACGGAGAAGAUGGGUUUCAUCCUCAAAUAUCUUAUAAUGCCUCCUUUUGUCCAGCAUCAAUGCGAAGAAAAUUUGUUACUCAAAGAGAGUAUUAUGCUUUUAGACUUCAGUAUCGAUUGAAUGAGGGGCAUACACUGGUUCAAAGUGGCAAGGCAUUGCAACAUUACUGUGUUGAUGCAUUUUCAACAAUUGAACUCAAUCGACUAGCAUUUCUUAGAACUCAUCAAAAAGAUUUAAGAGCAGAAGUUUAUCAGGGAUUACAGGAUGCAUUUGCAAAGGGAGACAUGGAUGAAGAAAAGCUUGGAAGAAUUAUAAUGCCAUCAUCUUAUACAGGAGGACCAAGAUAUAUGCAGCAACUUUAUCAUGAUGCUAUGGCAACCUGUCAACAUUAUGGUAACCCAGAUUUAUUUGUUACAUUUACCUGCAAUGCUCUUUGGGAAGAAAUUGUUGACGCUUUUGCAGAUAUGGUUGGACCAAACAGCGAGUUGAAGCCUAUGGUGGUCUGCCGUGUGUUUCACAUGAAGCUUGCCAUAUUAAUUGACCAGUUCAAAUGAGAAUCAUAUUUCGGAAAAACGAUAGCAGUGAGUUGGCUGUAGAUAACCUUUCAUUGUAUAAAAUUUCUUUGAUUAUUUGACUGAGCUAUCAAGUUCAAAUGAUGGACUAUUUUUUCGCAGUAAUCUACACAGUUGAGUUUCAAAAGAGGGGCCUCCCACAUGUCCAUAUGCUUAUAUGGUUGGCCAAAGAGGAUAAACUAAAGUCAACAUCUGACAUUGAUGAGAUGAUUUCUGCAGAAAUACCAGACCCCAAUCUAGAUCCAGAAGGGUAUGCUGCAGUGGUUAAGUUCAUGAUUCAUGGAUCUUGUGGAGUUAACAACCCCACUGCACCAUGUAUGAAAGAUGGUAAAUGUUCGAAGUAUUUUUCGAAAGAAUUCUGUUCAGAAACUUCGUUCGACAAGUUUGGCAAUGUCGUGUACAGAAGAAGAAAUUCAGGCAUUCAAGUUCAAAAAGGAAAGGCAAUGCUGGAUAAUAGAUAUGUCGUUCCAUACAAUCGAAACUUAUUGGUUAGAGCUCAAGCCCAUAUUAAUGUGGAAAUAUGUCACAAGGGAGGAUUAGUGAAGUACUUAUUUAAGUACAUUACUAAAGGACCAUAUAGAUCUCUUAUUGUUGCAGAAGACUCGACAAGCUCAGUUCAGGUACCAUCAAAUAUAACGAAAAAAACAAAAGACGAGAUACAAGAAUUCAUUGAUUGCAGGUCGCUGUCCUCCUACAAAGCUAUAUGGAGAAUCAACAAGUAUUCUAUACACCACAGAGAGCCUAAUGUGGUUCGACUUGGUGUACACCUGGAUGGACAACAGAAUGUUUCAUACAAGAGAAGGUCAAAUAUCCAAAAUGUUUUGCAAAAUCCAAGGGCAGGGAAAACUCAUCUUACUUCAUGGUUUGAACUUAACAGACAUUAUUGCAAUGCAAGAAAGCUUACAUAUGCUCAAAUACCAAAUUCCUUUACAUGGAAUGAAGAAUACAGUGAAUGGACUCCAAGGAAAAGGGGUUUCGCAAUAGGAAGGAUAGCAUAUGUUCCUCCAGGAAGUGAUGAUAUAUUCUUUCUUAGGCUGCUAUUGACCAAAGUAAGAGGAGCAACAAGCUUCCUCAAUUUAAGAACAAUACAAGGGGAGGUUUGUAGUACUUAGGAAAGAGCAUGCCAAAAGUUGGGGCUUCUAUCGGACUCUUCAGAAUGGAUUCAGGUAUUACAAGAAAUUGCAGUAUCAAGU